AAAUAUAUUCAUAAGUUCAUAAUAUUGUUUUACACGUUAACAUUAUUUACAUUUGCAUAGUUUACCCAGCUGCUGUUAAUCCUCAGUUACGCUAUAAGUACCUGUCGUCGUUUUCUUUUAUGAAUUCAACUCAGUUUUGCGUAGACUCGAAAAGUGGUGCUUGCUUUUAUAUGAUUCCAUUAUGGGAUCAAAUAGAUUUUGUUUAGUGUUUUUACUCAUAUCUUUAAGCUGUGUGGUUGACGGAGCGUCGAUACUUGCAUUGUUUUCGUCUUUAUCUUAUUCAGAUCAUUUGGUGUUCAGGGGAUAUGUCUCGUUGCUCGCGCAAAGUGGCCACUCCUUGGUUGUUAUGACACCUUAUCCAGGUCAGUUUAUGUACCCGGAUACGGAAAAUAUCGUGGAACUUGAUGUAGGACAAGAAUCGGCACCCUUUUGGGAUGAGUACAAGAAAUUGUUAACUAAUACUGAUGACUAUUACCCACAAUUAAGGGCUAUGAACGAACUAUCUCUUAAAAUUGCCAUUGCCCAGUUGAAGUCUAAGCAGAUGACUGCAUUGUUUAUUAAUCCUAACAUCAAAUUUGACCUGGUUAUAACUGAAGCUGAUGUGCCACUUCUAUACGCUGUGGCAGAUAAGUACAAGGUACCACACAUUUCUAUUACCACAUCGAAUGGAAAAAUACACCAGUACGAAGCAAAGGGCAAUCCAAUUCACCCGAUUUUAUAUCCAGACGUUAAUACGCUUAAUUAUGGAAACUUGAGUCGCUGGCAAAAAGUGAUUGAAUUUUAUCGACAUAUCCAGACCAAGAAUGAAUUUUAUAACAAUUACUUACCGCUUAGCGAGUUAGCGGCUAAGAAAAUCUUUGGACUGAAAAGAGACUUACAGCAAGUAGAAUAUGAUAUAGAUUUGCUAUUUAUUGCCAGUAAUCCUUUAUUAAUUGGUAAUAGACCAGUUGUUCCGGCUAUUACUUUUGUUGACCGCAUGCAUAUAACACCAGAUAUAAGUUUGCCACAGAAUGUUCAAGCUUUCCUGGACUCGCAAAUAAAAGGUGUAGUGUACUUUAGCGUGGGAGCUAUACAAGAUGCAGAACAACUUUCGCCGCGAAUACUGCAGAUAUUCGCAGAUGCUUUUAAGGAGCUACCUUUUACCGUUUUAUGGAAAAUCGGUAAUACGACUAUGGUCAACAAGUCAAAUAAUGUUGUUACGCAAGCAUGGUUCCCACAGCAACAAAUAUUAGCUCAUCGAAAUGUAAAGGCAUUUAUAACACACGGUGGUCAACGGUCGCUAGAAGAAGCUCUCUUUUACGAAGUACCAAUCAUAGGUUUACCAUUUGUAAAGUCUAGAAAGACAUUUAUUGGAGAAUAUAUAAAAUAUGGAGUAGGUGAAAUUGUAAACCCGUAUGACAUGGAUGAGGAAACUCUGAAAACCAUAAUAACGGCUGUAGCUUCUGACAACAAAUACAAGAAAGCUAUUGUAAAACUGAAAGACAUGGUGGUAGAUGACGUCAUAUCAGGGCCUGAACUCGCAGUUUGGUGGACGGAAUAUGUCCUUAGAAAUGGAGGAGCUCAACAUCUUCGCUCAGCAGCUGUUGGCGCGACUUUUGUCAAAUAUUACAUGCUGGACCUUCUUAGUUACCUUCUUGCUGGUGUUUUAUUUACUAUCUACUUGACCUUCUGUAUCGUGCGUUAUAUUGUGAGCCGUUUACGAAAACGUUACAUCCUCGAGAGGGGCAUAGUAUCAUCUGUAAAAUUUAAAGCAUUAUAAUUUGUCCUAAUUUACAUGUUGUACUUUAUUUAAUUGUACAUUUAAUUCAUACUUUUUGAUAUCUCAUUAAUAAAUUUAUAAUAACGUUC